AUGAAAAUGAUGCUUAUACAGACAGGAAAUGGUAGUGCUUACGAUUUGUUCAUGUCUAACGAUUCAUUAAAUGUUAAUGACGAAGAAGCCAUGUCAUUACACUGCUCUAAAAAUCCAUCGAGGAAACACUUUAAGUCGGAUAUCAUCAAUAACUGGUCCACAAUAGGAAUAGAUCAGGUUAGAGUGUCAGUUUAUGUGGAAGGUAUUGAACAGGUAUUUCUUUUGUUCAAUGGAAGUGAAACAAACAAAACGAACUGGUUUAAUAAGAGUCGGUUAAUUAACAGUAGUUACAGUGAUCUGAAUGAGCAAACUAUCUCUUCUUUUUUUUCUGUGGACGGAACAAAUGGAAAUUCUUCGGACUAUGAUAAUGUCGACUACUAUAGAAACAGUUUUUACAUAAGAAAUGAAUCAACUGGUAAUGGUUACACAGUUGAUAAUGGUUGGUUACUUGUUGGAGAUGAACAAGAAAACUGCAGUUUUGAGAGAAACAUAAAAGACAAGCCCUUCAUUCUAUUCAGCAAACCUCCGUACAUUUCUAAAGCAUUGAACCAUACAUUAGCGGACAGUUUGGCAAUAUUUGUAAAGUUCUCAAGUAAAGCCAAUUGUUUGAGUCCAUUUGUCAUGAACUGUGUUCACGAGAAUUCGGAAUGUAUAACUAACCUUGAACAGAAUUCAACCAACCUUGCAGAGACAUCAUCAACCAACCUUGCUGAUACAUCAUCAACAGACCUUGCAAACUUUGCUGAGACAUCAUCAACAAACCUUGCAGAGAUGUCAUCAACCAACCUUGCUGAGACAUCAUCAACAAUCCCUGCACAUACAUCAUCAACAAAGCUUGUUGAUACAUCAUUAACCAACCUUGCAGAGACAUCAUCAACCAACCUUGCUGAUACAUCAUCAACAAACCUUGCUGAGACAUCAUCAACAAACCUUGUGCAGACAUCAACAAAACCUACACAUGCAUCAUCUACAAACCAUACACAGCCUUCAUCAACAAACCCUGCGCAGACAUCAUCAACAAACCUUGCGCAGACAACAUCUACAAGCACUUUGCACACAUCAUCAACAAAUCCUGUGCAAAUAUCAUCAACAAACCCUGUACGGACAUCAACAAAACCUACACAGACAUCUACAAACCCUGAGCAGACAUCAUCAACAAAUCAUGUACAGACAUCAACAAAACCUACACAAAAAUCCUCAACAAACCCUGCAGAGACAUCGACAAAACCUACACAAACAUCAUCAACAAAUCCUGUACAGAUACCAACAAGCCCUGCGCAGACAUCAUCAACAAACCUUGCAGAGACAUCAUCAACAAACCCUGCACAGACAUCACCAACCGACCCUGCACAGACAUCAUCAACAAACCCUGCACAAACAUCUACAAACACUGCGCAGACAUCAUUAACAAACCCUGCGCAGAAAUCAGCAGCAAACCCUGCAGAGAUAUCAUCAACAAACCCUGCACAAACAUCUACAAACACUGCGCAGACAUCAUUAACAAACCCUGCGCAGAAAUCAGCAGCAAACCCUGCAGAGAUAUCAUCAACAAACUCUGCACAUAUAUCAUCAACAAACCCGGCACAUACAUCAUCAACAAACCCUGCGCAGAAACCAUCAACAAACUCUGCGCAUACAUCAUCAACAAACCUUGCAGAGACAUCAUCAACAAACUAUGCACAAACAUCAUCAUUAAGCCCUGCGCAGACACCAUCGACAAACUCUAUGCAGCAGUCAUCAACAAACCUUGCACAGACAUUAUCAACGAGCCCUGCGGACAGACCAUCGGCAAACUCUGCGCAGACAUCAUUAAAAAACCCUGCACAGAUAUCCCAAACAAACCCUGCACAUACAUCACCAACAAACCCUGCACAAACAUUAUCAAAAAGCUCUGCACAGAAAUCAUCAACAAACCCUGCGCAGACAGCAACAGUUAACCGUGCAGAGACAUCAUCAACAAAAUCUGCACAGACAUCAUCAACAAAUCCUGCACAGACAUCAUCAACAAGCCCUACACAGACACAAUCGAUAAACCCUGUGAAAACACCAUCGACAAACUCUGUGCAUCCAUCAUCAACAAACCCUGCAGAAACAUCAUCAACAAACCCUGUGCAGACAUCAACAACAAACCCUGCACAGACAUUAUCAACAAACCGUGUGCAGACAUCAUCAACAAACCGUGUACAGAGAUUAUCAACAGACCGUGUACAGAGAUCAUCAACAAACCGUGUGCAGAGAUCAUCAACAAACCGUGUGCAGAGAUCAUCAACAAACCGUGUGCAGAGAUCAUCAACAAACCCUGCACAGAGAUUAUCAACAAACCGUGUGCAGACAUCAUCAACAAACCGUGUACAGAGAUUAUCAACAAACCGUGUGCAGACAUUAUCAACAAACCGUGUGCAGAGAUCAUCAACAAACAUUGUGCAGAGAUCAUCAACAAACCGUGUGCAGAGAUCAUCAACAAACCGUGUGCAGACAUCUUCAACAAACCCUGCACAGAGAUUAUCAACAAACCGUGUUCAGAGAUCAUCAACAAACCGUGUGCAGACAUCUUCAACAAACCCUGCACAGACAUUAUCAACAAACCGUGUGCAGAGAUCAUCAACAAACCGUGUGCAGAGAUCAUCAACAAACCGUGUGCAGAGAUCAUCAACAAACAGUGUGCAGAGAUCAUCAACAAACCGUGUGCAGAGAUCAUCAACAAACCGUGUGCAGACAUCUUCAACAAACCCUGCACAGACAUUAUCAACAAACCGUGUGCAGACAUCAUCAACAAACCGUGUGCAGACAUCAUCAACAAACCCUGCACAGACAUUAUCAACAAACCGUGUGCAGAGAUCAUCAACAAACCGUGUGCAGACAUUAUCAACAAACCGUGUGCAGAGAACACCAACAAACAUUGUGCAGACAACCUCGAAAUACCCUACGCAAACAUCAACAAACCCUUUGCAGACAUCAUCAACAAACUUUGCGCAGACAUCACCAACAAACCCUAGACACACAUCAUCAACAUCUUCUUCUACAAAAAGUGAAGAUCUGCAGAUUAUAAUAGACAGGAUCAAAAUGGAGCUUACUGUAGAGAGAAAAUCAACCCAAAAGUACAGGAGAUCUCUGACGAGUGCCCCGGAUGAGAGAACAUCAUCCAAAAUAAUGGGAAUAAUUGGUGGAACUGUUAUUAUCUCUGUUAUUGGAUCAAUAGUGCUACUGGACUGCGCCACCUGUAAUACGUGUAGAAACGGUAAAGCAAAGAAAGCCGCUACUAAGUAACAUUAAAAUGUGUUUCUACAUGAUAUUGAUUGAUGUUGUGCAAGAUAGUGACAUAACAUAUAUAUAUAUACAUAUUAGUCUAUUCUUAUAUCAAAAUGAAGGAA